AUGCUACGUAAAUGUAGUGUCUGUAGACUUGACAGUGAUUACGGUCUGGUGCCUGGCGAUGUUGUGCUCAUCCCCUCGCAUGGUUGCCUGAUGCAGUGCGAUGCUGUUUUAAUUAAUGGCACUGUGAUUGUUAACGAAUCAGUGCUAACUGGAGAGUCUGUUCCCGUAACCAAGGUUGCCUUGCCAGCAGUUGAAGAAUCAUUUUCAUUGAAGGAGCAUUCUAGACAUACGCUGUUUUGUGGUACCCGAGUACUGCAGACGCGCUAUUACGCCGGCAAAAGUGUGAAGGCAGUGGUCCUUCGAACGGCUUACACAACACUGAAAGGACAGUUAGUACGCUCAAUAAUGUAUCCAAAACCUGUGGAUUUUCGCUUUACAAAAGAUCUCUUCAAAUUCGUGGGCUUUCUUUCCUGCAUCGCUGCCUGCGGCUUUGGUUACAGCGUGGUAAUUAUGAUCAUCCGAGGUGCUCCAUUCAAGCGAGUUGUUUUGCGCGCUUUGGAUAUAAUUACGAUCGUUGUGCCACCGGCGCUACCAGGUAAAUUAUUAUCUUAA